CUCUCAACACCAAAGGCUCUUACCAAUCAAUCAAAGGGAGCAAUAUACGUCAAUAUGGCUCUCGCAACCCCCGAUCUUCGGGUAGUCUGCCGAAAACUCGUGUCGACUCCCGCAGACGAUCUCCUCAGGGUGUGCCCAAGCCUGGUGAACCAUGUCCUUCGCUGCGGCCGUUCACUGUCUGCACCAACCGAGGCGCGGCCCAAGGACGGCGGAAAUGAGGCCGCCAUGCUUGUCCACAAGCUCAAAACUCACAUCACCACUUUGCUGAACGGAAGGACUCCGGCCAGCCGCUUCGCCGGCAUGGUCCUGGUCAAGGCUGUGGUGGACGUCGGUGGUUGGGAGUGCUUGAGGACGGCCGAGCCGUGGGUUCGCGGACUGCUAUCCAUGCUCCAGAAACCUGACCCCAUGUCGUCAAAGGAACUUUGUGUUGUCACGCUGGUCAGGAUAUAUACUCUUCUCCACGAGUACCCAACCCUGAUCCGCGAGAUGGCGACGCCUACCCUUCCUACCUUUGCGACCGCGUGUCUCCAGCUCCUAAAGCCGCCGUCGUCCGCCAAAUCGCCCAAGGCGUCGGCGGGCUUGGCCGAAACGGUCAUCUGUGCACUUACCACCAUCGUGCCCUUGUUCCCCACCACCCUCCGCCCCUUUAAUGGGCAGAUCCGGGCAGCCGUCCGCUCGUAUGUGGCCCCGACCAUGUCGGACCCAGAGCUGGUGCCCCAAAGUCUAAGGGAGUGCUCCCGGCGUCUGAUGCUCGCCCUGCACCAUACGGCCCCGAAGAGCACUCACUCGGACGAGUGGGCGAGCCUCCUGACCGGCUGGCUCAAGGACUCGCACGCCACCGCCGAUCAGAUCUUCCGUGCCGUCCAAGAGUCAUGGGAGCCUCCUUCGGGCCACACAGCCCGGGACAUUCCAACCGACGACGAGCCCCAGGGAGGAGGAAAGCUGCCCAACGAGUUACCCCCCUGGGCGGGCGUGGACGCCGGAGCCCAGAGGCUCCGGGGCCUGCUCGAGGCCAUGUCGGACUGUGUCGGCACUUCCUCCAAGUCAUCUGUGCCUCUCCCAGUCGCCGGCCUGACCGACCUCGUCUCGAGGAUUCUUCUUGUCCUGCCUCCUCCUCCCGGAGUCGCCGAUCGGGAUCUCACAAUGCAGCUCAACCCCAGUAUCGGGCGUGAGGAGAGGGACGAGCUGUGGAGCGUCCUGCCACAACUGCACAUCGCAUCCCUCCAACUCGUGCGCAGUCUCGCGCAAAGACUCGGACGUAAUCUGCUGCCGCUAUCCUGGGAACUUCUCGACCAGGCCGUCCGCGUGCUCGCCACGUAUCCGCAGCUGACCGAGGCGCGCCAUGCAGUGUUUGCCCUGGUGCGGGAUCUCCUGCCCAUCUGUGGCCCGACCCUCCCCAGGAUAUCAGUCGACUCGCUCGCUCCCGCCCUCCACGCUUGCUGCCACGACCUGCUGGUCGCGUCCGGCUUCGCGCAGGACGAGGCCCAGGACAAGCAGGCCAAGGCAAAUGGCACCAAGACCGCCGGCGCGCAGGCGAACGCAGACCUCUUCCUGCCCAGCAAGAACACGACAUCCUCCUCCUCCUCCUCCUCCUCCACGGCCGCCACUGCAACUGCGGCAGGGCGGCGGCGGAGCCCCUCCGGGCCGGGCGCGGACCACCUCGCCGCGGCCGAGGCGCUGCUCGAGGCCGCCCUGUCGUGCCUGCCGCAGCAGCACCUCAAGAAGGCCGAGCGCGCGCUCCUCGACCGCACCGCCAUCCUGUGCCGCAGCAGGGCCGCCAUGCUUGCCGGCGUGCUGAACCCCUACGUAGACAGGAGCGGCCGCGCCUUUGCGAACACGUACCCGUUCCUGGCCCGCCAGUACCCGGGGGACGCGGGCGUGGAGCUGCUCCGGACGAACCUGCGCGCGAAGCCGCACCACUUCGGCAGCGUCGCCUUCGACGGCGUCCGUGGGGGCGGCGGCGGCGGCGGCGGCGAGGAGGGAGGGGAGGCCGAGAACGAUGCCGCCGACCGCGAACUCGGCGGCGACAGCAUCACGGCGAGAUCCACGCUGACCGUCUUCCGGAGCCAAGAUCUCGGCGGCGCUGCUGCUGCCGCCGCCGAAACGACAGACUCCGGCGCCGAAACAGCUGCCGUAGGCGGCUUCUCUCGCUACUUUGAGAGCGGCAAGAUGGAAGUGGACGGCGAGGCCUCGGAUCUCCCGAGCGCCCAGCCCGCCGACGAGGCGCCCUUCGUGCCCCUGGUGCUCAAGCGCAAGAGCGUCGACGAAGACGGGGACGAGCCGGCGGGUGCGCCCGCGAAGCGCCAGGACAAGGGGAAGUCGGCACCGGCGGCCGCGCCUUCGCCGCCGCCGCAGACAGGUGGUGAUGCAAGCGAUAGCGAUGACGAAAGCGUCCAUCUAGAGAUGGUUCUCGACGACGAUGAAGAGGAUGAGGACGAGGACGCGGACGCGGACGAUGACGAUCAGUGUUGAUAAGCGAUAUGCGGGAACCCAUUUGUUUCUCAACCGCAGUAUAUAUGUCUACAUAACACGCACAGUUGAUGUCCUGUUCUCGUGUUGGUCCAGUGUUCUAACCCAGAUCCGCGCCCCGUCAAAACCCGCGCAAAUGCCGUCGUCAAGCCGAUGCAGUCGACCUGGUAGAUCCAAGGAGAUCCAAGAAGAUCCAAGGACUAUGCCAUCCAACCCGCCAUUAGAAUAGAGCCUAUAAACACAUCACAAUUCAACAGUCCAAGCCCAGAUUUUCCUCUCCAAAAGCCGCCUUGCCA